CUCGUCUCACAUCUCCUAGCAACCGCUACAACAAAGGUGCCCGGUCUGAACCCUGCGGUGUUGGGGUGCACUGUGACUGAGUCAGACGUCCGGGGUUUUCGGGACUAUUUAUCAUGAGUCGGUCCAAUAGUCCAUUAGAGGACGGCGUCGAAGAGAAUGCCCCACCAUCUCUCGAGUCUGAAAUCCAGGAAGAAAGGAUCGCCGCCCGGCGUCUCCGGAUAGCAGCUCGAGUGCAGGCCAGGAAAAGGGAGACAGAAGGACAACAUGACACUCAUCAUCAAGAAGUUACCAAGGAGCUAAGCAGGAGUCAGAAGCAAAGGGAGCAAAGUAGACGGCGUCUAAAUAAACUACAGAGUGAUGGGACAGAAUUGGUCACUAAUAUUCAGGUGGCAGUGGAUGCAAGAGAAUCCCAGAGGAGAACUGAAGAAGCAGAAGCAAAAAGACAAAGAACAGAGAAGCUGGAAAAUGAGGCUAAAACAAGCUUGGAAAAGUUUGAGGACAUCAGGAAGAAGUGGGCCUCAGCCAAGGCAAAAGAAAUCCCACAGGACUUGAGAGAUGCUUUGAAUAUGCAACAAAGACAUUGUGCCCAGCUUAUUGAAGAGAAGAGCAAAAUUAUUAAUGAACUCCAACAGGAGCUGAAAGUUCAGGAUGAUAAGUAUGUGAAAGAUUUGAAAAGACAAGCAGAAGAUGUUGACCUGAUGAUUGAGCGAAUGGAGGAGCAGAUAAAAAACUUGAUGAAAUGCUAUCGUGAAGAAUUAACUCAAAUUGAAAAAGCCUUUGAACUGGAGCGCAGGGAGUUACUUCACAGCAACUACAAGAAAUGGGAACAGACAAUGCAGCAUCGACGUGAAAAAGAAAUGGAAUACCUGACAAUGAGGAUGAAACAAGUGGAAGACCAGGCCCAGCAGCUCCAGCAGCUUAGAGUCCAGGAUGCCGAAGAAUACAACAUGAUUAAAAUCAAGUUGGAAACUGAUGUUCAGAUACUGGAACAGCAGCUCCAACAUAUGAAGGCUACCUUUCAACUGAAUCAAGAAAAACUGGAAUACAACUUCCAGGUGCUAAAGAAGCGGGAUGAGGAGAACACUAUUACUAAGUCUCAGCAGAAAAGAAGAAUCACAAGGUUGCAGGAUGUUCUGAACAAUCUUCGUAUUAAACUUAAGAAGCAGGAAAAACAGUUCAAAGAAGAGAGUCAUACCCUUUCAGAAGACUGUAAGAGGAUCAUGAAGCAGUAUCAGGAUAUGCAGAAGAAAAUGAUGUAUUUUGCUUCUAUUGAUGCCAAACGAUUCCAUGAAAUGUGGAUAAUGAAUGAAGAGGAGAUUAAGGGUCUGGUUAAAAAAGCUUUAGAUGCAAAUCUGAUUAUCCAUGAACAACAACUGGGAAUGACUUAUGUAAGACCAAAUCUACCAUUCAUGAAGUCAACUGGUCCAAUUAUUCCACAACACACUAAAAAGAAAUUGACUGAGGUGCUUGCCAAGCAGUUUUUGACAGCAGGACAAAAAAUAACUGGAGAUGAGGAAGGAGUUGAAGAGUCCGUGUCAGCAGGUGCUCAAGGUGAAUCACACCAGUCCAAAGAGCAGGGACAACUUGAAGCAUCCUAUCCUGAGAACCCUGACAAUCUGCUCCCUCAGAUCUCACCAAAAACUAUGAAAAAGCUCCUGGAGAUAAUGUGUGAUGAAUGUGACUUCCUAGUAGAAAGUAAAUUACUUAAAUUAUUCUCUACCUUGGAGAAGCAUGAACAAUCCCUAAUGAAGCUAGAUUCAAUUUUCAUGGCACUGGGGGUUGAAAAUGAGGCAGAUGUAUACAAACUGGCUGAUUUCUUGAUCAAAUAUAGUGAGCAACAGAUUGCAGAGAACAAGAAGGAAGAUGAAGAAGAUGGACAAAUCGAUGAGGGAAAAUCCCAAUCAUAUGUUAGCAUCUCUUCGGUAGAAGCAGCUGAAGGGUCUUCAUCAAUGAUAGAAAGGUCCACAACUACUGAUCUUAUUCAUCCUAAUGAUGUGCUGAAAGCUCUGAAAGUCUACACAGAACACUACUGCAAACCCAGGGAAAAACAUCCACUCCCAAGUUUCAUAAACUACGAAGAACGUGAUGAUUCUGAAGAUGCUGCCUUCUGGGAAGCCAUGGCCAAUGUGAUUCCAGAAUCCACGCAGAGAGUGUGGAGUGCUUUGGAGACAGAGCUAGAAAAAUACUACAAAAUACUAACAGAAAGGUCAGACUUGAUAACUGAGACAGAAGGCCUGAAGCAGCAAAACACAGAGCUCCGAAUGCUUCUGCACCAGUAUAUCAACUCAAGGGUAAAUGCUGAACUGGAGAUUCCACCCACGCAAGUAAUGCAGAUUGACCAACGUUAAAAAUAAAAAAACAAAAAAACAGUAUGUUCCAUGUAGUGAAUUUUAUUUCUAAAUUUAUUUAAUU